CCUUCACUGCUGAUCAUAUGCCAGGACUCUGAGAUAGAAAACACACAUCUCAGCAAUAAGAGGUGAGAAGCCUCCUGUUCUUAGAUUUUCUGACUUUAUUGAUUUGCUGUGGGAGAAGAGGGCUCCACGCUCCUCCAUUGUUCCCGGGGCUCAGACUAGGCCAGCUGUUGUGUUGCUUUCCUGUUCCAAAGAGAAAGUAAGAAAAUUCCCUCCACAUGUGCUCCAGCACUUGGACACUCAGGUUUCUCUCCCGAUCCAGGAGCCGCCUGUAAUGAGCUCUCGGUGGGGCUCGGAGACGAGCAUCCAGCUGUGCCAAGAGCUGUUCCAUUUUCUUCCAGAGGAGAGGAAGAAGAUUCGUUCAAAAAGCUAAAGUGUUAAUGAGGCAAAAAUUGUUCUAAGGGCAUUGCAACUGGGAAAAGCAAAAGAAAAGCAGAAGAAGGCACAAGGAAACAAGAUGGGAAACUUUUGUCAGAAGCACUGCACCUGUUUGGAGCCCUACAUCCCUUGCUCAUUCUCAGGGAGAGAUGGUGAGCAAGAUGAGAAAGGUGGCCAAGUCUUUGCCAACUUUGCUGUGGUAAGGCAGGACUUACAAGCAGGACAGAAAGACAUUGACAGUAAGAUAAAAGAGAAACCUUUACCUCCACUGCCUGGCCAGCAUCUGGUGAAUAUUUGCAGAUUUGUUGCACUCUUUGACUAUGAGGCUCGCACUGAGGAGGACUUAAGCUUCCGAGCUGGGGAUAAGCUUGAAGUCCUGGAUGCCUCCCAUGAGGGCUGGUGGUACGCUAGGCUCCUUCUGCCAACUGGGUCGGUCUGUCCUGGCCACAAGCUCCAAGGCUACAUCCCUGCCAACUACAUUGCUGCUGACCAGAGCAUCGAAGCUGAGCCAUGGUUUUUUGGCCCAAUCAAACGAACAGAUGCUGAGAGACAACUGUCGUACCCUGGAACCCAGGCAGGAACCUUCCUAAUCCGAGAAAGUGAAAGUUUAAAAGGCGAAUACUCACUUUCAGUUUAUGACGGUGUAUCUGUGAAACACUACAGAAUCAGAAAGCUGGAUGAAGGAGGCUUUUUCCUAAGCAGAAGGAAAACGUUUAAAACUCUGAAUGAGCUUGUUGACCAUUACAGUAAGAACAAUGAUGGCCUCUGCGUGGUGCUCGGAAAGCCAUGCUUAAAGGUACAAAUUCCUACUACUUUUGAUUUGUCAUAUAAAACUGUUGAUCAGUGGGAGAUAGACCGACAAUCAGUGAAACUGUUGAAAAAACUAGGAUCUGGUCAGUUUGGUGAGGUAUGGGAAGGACUGUGGAAUAAUACCACCCCUGUGGCAAUCAAAACAUUAAAACCAGGUUCAAUGGAUCCAAAGGACUUUCUGAGGGAAGCGCAAAUAAUGAAGAACUUGAGACAUCCAAAGCUUAUACAGCUUUAUGCUGUGUGUACUUUGGAGGACCCAAUUUAUAUUAUUACUGAGCUGAUGAGAUAUGGAAGUCUUCUAGAAUACCUUCAGAAAGAUGCAGGCUCCCAAAUCUUCCUGCCACAUCAAGUAGACAUGGCUGCUCAGGUGGCUUCUGGGAUGGCUUACCUUGAAUCUCAGAACUAUAUCCAUCGGGAUCUGGCAGCCAGGAAUGUUCUUGUUGGUGAACACAGUAUUUACAAAGUGGCAGACUUCGGACUUGCAAGAGUUUUUAAGGUAGAAAAUGAAAACAUAUAUGAAGCUAAGCCUGAAACUAAACUCCCAGUGAAAUGGACAGCCCCGGAGGCGAUCCGCUACAACAAAUUCAGCGUUAAGUCAGAUAUCUGGUCAUUUGGAAUACUUCUAUUUGAAAUAAUCACCUACGGGAAGAUGCCUUAUGCUGGCAUGCCAGGACACCAGGUGAUCCAGAUGCUGGACAAAGGAUAUAGACUUCCUCAGCCAGAGACGUGCCCCAUGCCGUUCUACCAGCUGAUGCUGCAGUGCUGGAGUGCAGAGGCAGACAAGCGGCCCACCUUUGAAGCCCUCUGUGAUCAGCUGGAGUGCUAUUUUGAGAGUGACACCUCUUCCUACGCUGACAGCCAGGCUGUGGUGAAGUGAAGCCCAGGGCAGAGGCUGAAUGACAGAUGCCAGCAAACACAGGAUGAAGGAGUGUGUGUGAAAUCAGUCUAACCUCCGACAUGGAGGUUAUUAGGAGAUGCUGAGGAAUCCUGAUAUGGUUUUAUUUUUGUGCUGAUACUCAAAGACACUUAAAAUUUUUGCUGCUGGCAAGUGUUUUGCAAGACUAAGCGUCAGGAAGCUGCAGGAGUGGGGGCUUCUAAAAAUAAAAUGUCUUCUAUUUAUUUUUUAAAUAACAGAUUGCAAGAAUGAACAAAUGAAAUGAGUGUUGCUCAAUAACCAUUAUAGCAUUUUGUAAUUUCUUUAUUGGAAUAAUUAUUUGCCAUUCCUUAGAUAUUUUCUUCCUGUUAGGUUGUUCUCAUAAGGAAUGUGAUGGCUUUGCACAGCAGGAUCUGUGCUUCCAGAGUCCUCUCACUGUAAAAAAAAUAAAAAUAAUCGUGUGACUGUGAUGAUGGCAGAAUCCAGAUUAAUUGCCUCACUUAGACUUGAAGUACAUAUGCUUUUGCUAAAUUGGAAAAUAAAACAGAUGUUCAUGGGAGAAAAGGAAUUAUUUUGUUUUGUGAAUGCAAAGAGUGGUCUUUUUUAGUUUGCCUACUGUUCCUCUUUUACAAGAAUAAACACAAUUAUUAUUAGAUUUUUGAAACUGUUUGUUCUUAAUGUUGUUAAAUAGUGUCAUGGAACUGAUGAGUCAUUUUCCCUCAAAGUGUGAGGAUUUAUUCUAUAGUUCUUCAUUUUAGGCAUAUUGGAGGAAAAGGUUUUUAACACGAACUCAAGACGGCCUUAGCCUUAUAGAGUGAUAUCCUUUCAUGUCUUGCUUCCCAAAAUACAGACUUUCUUUGACAGGACAGGGCCUAGGGCAGGUCUAGGUAUUUUGCAGAGGAACUAGCAAUCCAUGCUUCCAACUUCUUCAAUUAUAACCUUAAUAUAGGAGAUUUGAAUAGUAGGUGGUCUAUUUAUUUUGUUGCAUGGGGAAUGAAGCCCGGGUGCUUCUUUUCACAGUCUAUAGCUACAGAUUUUAGAAUUAUUUUUUACAUUUUUUCUAAUUGACUACAAUAUUGGUUCUGCUGAAAUCUGAUAUCACUGUGACAGUUUUAUGUUCCUAAUUGUGAGGCUUAGAGAACCAAGUUUUAAUUAUUUACUUAUGAUUAAUCAGUUAAUUGUUUAAUGACAUAAUCCAGGUAUUAAGAGCUUUACUGUGUUAACAUAGUGUGAGCUCAGUAUAAGUGUGCUACCAUU